AUGAAGCCUCUCAAACCCACCACCACCAUCUUUACAUUCUCCUUCCUCCUGUAUCUUACUCAAGCCCUCCCCAGGACCGACCCCCCCGUGGACCCGGGUCACCCUUUCCUCUUUCUGUGGAACGCCCCGUCGGAGCUUUGCAAAAUCCGAUUCGGGAUGCCGCUGGACCUGUCCCACUUCCACCUCAUCAGCAGCACCUUAAAAACCGCGACGGACCAACCCAUCUCCAUAUUCUACACCGACCGAUUUGGCCUCUUCCCCUAUCUGGACGAAGACACGGGCGAGACCUACGACUACGGCCUGCCCCAGCUGGUCGAUCUGAAGGAGCAUCGCGAUCAGGCCGAAGACGAUAUCGAGUUCUACAUCCCCAUAGACGGACCCGGGCUCGCCAUUUUGGACUUUGAGGAGUGGAGGCCGCAGUGGGUUCGAAACUGGGGCAGCAAAGACAUCUAUCGCGAAUAUUCCAUCGAAACCGUGAAGAAGAAAAACGCCUCGUUGACCGAAGACGAAGCGGAAGACCGAGCCAAGAUGGUGUUCGAACGUGCCGCGAAAAGGUACUUCCUCAAGUCGCUAAAUGUCGGGAAAAGGUUGAGACCCAAAAGACUAUGGGGAUACUAUCUAUAUCCGGAUUGCUAUAACUACGACUAUAACCAGGAUAUGGCGGGCUACACAGGGGAGUGUCCAGACAUCGAAAAAGUGCGAAACGAUGAACUUUUGUGGUUGUGGAACGCAUCGACGGCCUUGUUCCCGUCCAUCUAUCUGGAGGAGGUUCUAAGGGACUCCGUACAAGCGCGAAUGUUUGUCCGGCACAGAAUGGUGGAGGCGAUGAGGGUGUCGGCGCUCCCCAACCGGACCUACUCCAUACCGGUGUACGCCUACAUACGCCCGGUCUACAAGGACAGCGUGGACCUGUACAUGUCUGAGUUGGACCUGGUGAACACGGUGGGAGAGGCUGCAGCUCUGGGGGCGGCUGGAGUGGUGUCCUGGGGAGACAUGAACAUCACUGAUGACGAGGACUCGUGCUUCGACGCUCGCCGUCACUUAGAGCAGGUGAUGAACCACUACAUCCUGAACGUCUCCACGGCGACGCAGCUGUGCAGCGAGGCCUUGUGCGAGAGCCGCGGCCGCUGCGUCCGGAAGACCUGGGACAGCGACGCCUACCUCCACCUGGACCCACGCCGGUAUCGCCUGGAGCGGCUGAGGAGAGGUGGCCCCCUGGUGGUGAGAGGGGGGCUGUCCCAGGACGACGUGGACUACUACGACCUGUGGUUUGACUGCAUGUGUUACUCGGAGCAGCCCUGCAGGGGCCCGCUCGUCCUCAACUUCAUCAACGAGGCUUUUGUCACAACGCGGGACAAGUCAGCGGCCGCGGCGGGACAGAGGACCUGUGUGCGCCUCCUGCUGGUGGUGGGGCUCAUGUGGGGCUUCAUAUAA